AUGGCAUAUUUGGCUAGAUACACGAAUGAUAUGCUAAAAGAUAAAGAAAACGAAAAAUCUUUCAAAAACCUAACACUUCCCAGAAUCAACUUUUUCACAUGGUUUAAGCUAUGGCGUAUUCCAUCGAUACGAGUUUUAAUUAAUCUAGCCAAAUGUGAUGAAAAUUGGGAGUUAGAAAAUACUUUGAGCAAAAUUGUAUUUGGGAAAAUUCUGAAAAGCAAAGUUCCAGAGUGGAUCGUAUUGUUUCCUGAAGUAAAUAUAUGGACCGAAGAGGAUUCUUCGUUACAAAAAAUUCAGAGUGAAAAGUUUUAUUUACCAACUUUACAGAAUAUAUUAUAUCCAAGGUUUUCCGCUUUCUACAAUGUGGUUUCGACAUUGAAUAGCAAAGAGUAUUCUAAAUUUAAUCAGCUUUAUGAUGUAUCAGUUUUAUAUGAAUCGAAAACUACAGGGACUAUGACACUUACCAACAAACAACCUGCCAGUGAAAGUAUUGCAAUCAGUCCAUUGCAGAAAUCCCUGAAUAGUGAAAUGAAUUUAGUGUCUCCAAGUUUAUUGGAUAUAUUCUCCUCGGAAAACCCAAUUACAGUACACAUUCAUGUUAAAUCCAAGAGGUUACUGAGGGUUCCAACAAAACGGAGCAAAAUAGAGAAAUGGUUAGAAAAUACGUGGGUAGAAAAGGAUAAGUUUCUAGAACAAUGGAAAGCGGAAAUUUCAAAACCUACAGUAUCUGUUUAUAAUUGUAAAACUUCUCAAAAUAGCAUACCACCAAUUAAAACUGGAGUCGAAAAAUAG